CCCCUGGACAUGCACGCCGCUCAACCAUCAGUCCGUCUCGGUCUCAGCAGUCGUCCGGGCCAAGCAAGAGAAAGGGACAAGAUCAAGACGACUGACUGCAGUGGUGGCAAGCCUGUGCACACUCCCGACGGUCUCCACAAAUUCUCCGUGCCCGCCGUGCCCACCGCAGAAAUCUUCACCUCCGUUCCCCACCACACCGCACACCGAGAACGGGAUGCACCACUAACCCAACGCCGGUGAACCGCCUGCACUACCUUGACCGAUUGACUUGGCGCUCAGCACCACCAUGUCGCUGUAUCACGAGACGGCCGAGAUCCUCUCGGCGAGCCCCGACCACGGCGGCAGCCUCAAGAGCCGCGUGUUUGGCAAGAAGGGCCUCAAGUCGCCGCCCGCGCAGGUGUACGCCCUCGCGCUCGAGACAUGCAAGUGGAGCGGCGUGUUGAAAGAGGUCGUCGAGGCGGCCGAGAUCCUGCGCCACGAGCGCAAGCUCACCCCCGUGCUGGCGCUGCUGCUGGUGCACGACUUCCUCCUGGCCAAGAAGGGCAUUGCGCUGCCGCAGACGCACGGCCUGAGGACGUCGGUUGAGCGCCACAAGGCCAGGCUGGCCUCGGAGCUGACGCGCGCGAGGCUGCGGAGGAAGAUGCCGUCCGUGGAGGCGCUGAGGGCGGACGUAAACGCGAACGCCGACCCGGAGGGGAGACAUCCCCGGUGGAUCCGGGUGAACACGCUCCGGAGCAACGUGGAGGACCAGCUCGAGACGACCUUCAAGGGAUGGGAGAGGGCGCUGUCCAUCGAGGCGGUGACGCAGUCGACGGGCAAGGCCAUCUUCAUCGACACGCACGUGCCCAACCUGCUGGCGGCGCCGCCCGGCACGGACGUGACCAAGACGCCGGCGUACCUCAAGGGCGAGAUCAUCCUGCAAGACAAGGCCUCGUGCUUCCCCGCGUAUCUGCUCGACCCGCGGUCCGAAGACGGCGACGUCGUCGACUCGUGCGCCGCCCCCGGAAACAAGACGACGCACCUGGCCGCCAUCGUCCAGUCGCACCAGCCGGACCAGGCCACGCGGCAGCCGACCAUCUUCGCGUUCGAGCGGGACCCCCGAAGGGCGCAGACUCUCGAGAAGAUGGUCAAGAUCGCCGGCAGCAGGGGCAUGACCAAGAUCGGGCCGGGCCAGGACUUCCUGGACGUCGACCCCACGGCGGACGCGUACAAGCACGUCGGAGCCCUGCUCCUGGAUCCCAGCUGCUCGGGCAGCGGCAUCGUCGGACGCGACUCGAUGCCGGAGCUGCACCUCCCCGAGCUCCCCGGUCCCGCCGCCGCCGCCAAGGGGGCCAAGGGGGCCAAGGGGAAGGCGGACAGGCUCAAGCGGAAACGAGCCGAGGAGGACAGGCCGGUGAUGGUCGACGACGACGGGAACGCCGUCGAGGUGCAGUCGGAGCAGGAGUUGCAAAAGCGGCUCGACGCGCUGGCCGGGUUCCAGCUGACGCUGCUGCUCCACGCGAUGAAGUUCUCCUCGGCGACCAAGAUCACCUACUCGACCUGCUCCAUUCACGCGGAGGAGAACGAGGGCGUCGUCGUCAGGGCGCUCGCGUCAACGGUCGCCAAGGCGCGCGGGUGGAGGGUCCUGGCAAGGGAGAAGCAGGUCCGCGGGAUGCGCGAGUGGCCCGUCCGGGGACUGCCCGAGGCGGCAGGCGGCGACGCGGCGGUGGCGGAGGCGUGCAUCCGGACGUACAAGGGCGACGGGCACGGCGUCAUGGGCUUCUUCGUCGCCGCGUUCGCGAGGGACGGGGGCGAGGGUGCGGCGGCCGGCGAGGACGGGCCGUACGUCAGGGACGACGAGGGCCGGAUCGUGAGGGACGCGGCGGGGAUGCCGGUGCUGAAGCGCACAGGUGAGCCUGUCGUCUUGGAGGAUGCCGCACGUCAGGCACAGCUGGGGGGAGUGGAUGGUUCGGAGGAUGAUUCAGAGGAUGAUUCGGAGGAUGAUUCGGAGGACGGUGAUGAGGAUGAGUGGGCUGGGUUUGACUAGUCGGCUCGGUGCUAAUACAGAGGCAUGUCACAAAGUCAUUGGGCGUUCGGAGCAGCUUCGACCACUCAAACAUUGACGGACUGAGAUGGCCGAGUGCCGUCGGCCUUCGCAUUGUCAAUAAUGGGCACCAUCUUGCAUCUUCGAAGCAUCGCCGUUCCAGGUUCCUGCUCCUUCACAAAAAUUCGAAUGUUGCUGCGUAUACAGCACCUGCCCC